AAGUUACUUCUUCAUCUGGUUCUAGAAAUACUGUAUUUUUUAAAAUGAAUCUCGCUGUUUCGUAUUUUUGCUAAAACGUUUUUAACCUGAAGGCGUAUUCGGUAUUAUUUUUUCUAAAAUAUGUAUGGAAUCCCACCUACAUUGUUUUACGUAUGAAUUUAUUUAUGUUAUACAUAUUUCGGAUACUACAGCAAAAUUUAAAUGCCUAUUGAAGCAUAUUAACGGUUGUUAUCAUUUUCCACUGAUGUUUACGGUUGACAGGGAAAGUGUUCUGGAAAGAGCGAGAACGUCGAGCCUGCAGUUUCCUCCCACAAUUGUUUGCUGUCACAUAAACUGGGUUUUAAGGGUCCGUGAAAUUGCCGUUUUGCACGUAUUAACUCUGACUGUUUUGAUGCCGUGUUUGUUUUUAUUUUAUUUUUUAGUUUGUGUGGAAAUUUUUUUGCAUUAUUCUCUUUGAUCGUGCGAGAGUAAACAUUGUUUAAGAGACGUUGGAGGUUGUUGUUCAAUUGUAUUACUUGUCAAGGUACUGUAAAAUGACAGUUUUUUCGUCAGCUUACAGAUUAGUAUCGAAAAACGCAAUGCAUUUUUAUUUCUCUGCUUUUUAAAUCUGUUUCCAUACUAUUAGUUAUUGUUUAUGAUAUACUGUGUUCACCCCAGCCGUUAAAGAAUAUAUUAAUUUUCCCAUUUGAUCUCACGAGGUGAAAAGGACCAAGCCGCCACAGAACGUAGUGUGAAGAAAAUUCAACAUUGACGCGUCUGGGAUAUUCGUGUAAUAUUUGUUUUUACCAUUCACAGACUAAAAAUAUCACUUUUUGAAGAGGCCAUAAAUAUUCUGUUGCCCUUUCUGUGCCUAGCAGUACAUAAAUACGAAUAUAUUCACAAACCAAUUUCAAAGAGGGUUCAUUUUUGCGUGAAGAACAAAUUGAUCAAUUAUGAGCGUCUUCCUAUUUUAGUGUUCGAAAUUAAGUUUUUUUCGAAUUGAAGUUUUUGUUUCAAACCCUAAGAUUCCCAGAAAAAGUUGUUUGCUGCUGUGUUCAUAUGCUGGUAAUGAACUGAAGUGAACAUGGUUGACUACAGUAAAUGGAAAGACAUUGAAAUAUCUGAUGAUGAGGAUGAUACACAUCCUAAUAUUGAUACACCAUCAUUAUUCCGAUGGAGGCAUCAAGCACGAAUAGAACGCAUGGAAGAGCAGAAACGAGAAAAGGAAGAAAUUGAAAAGAGCAGAACAGCAAAUGAAAAUAAAUUAAAGGAAAUAAAGGAGAAAAUUAACAAAAGUGAAAAGAAUGGGACAGAAAAUUUGGAUCAGCUAAAAGUGGCCCUUCUACAGCUCGAGAAAGAGGCUGAAGAAAUAAAGAAACGUGAAGAGGAAUUCAAGAAGAAAGAAAAGACAACUCCAUGGAAUGUUGAUACUAUUGGUAAACCCGGAUUUGCCAAAACUGUAAUAAACACAGCUCCAAAACCGAAACGAGAAGUUUUGUCUGAAGAGGAGCAAGGAAAACGUUUGAAAGAACAUAUUGCAAAGUAUGAAAAGUUGAUGAAGAAUUUUGGAAUGUUGCGACGGUAUGAUGAUAGCAAGCGUUUUCUGCAGGAGCAUCCAGAACUUGUAAGUGAGCAUACAGCAAAUUAUUUGGUUAUUUGGUGCAUAAAUUUGGAGAUGGAGGAGAAACAUGACCUGAUGAAGCAUGUGGCUCAUCAGUGUAUUUGUAUCCAGUACAUGUUAGAACUGGCACAAAAAUUAGAUGUUGAUCCAAGAGCAUGUGUUGGAUCCUUCUUCAGCAAAAUGGAAAUUGCUGAAGAAGAAUAUAAAAAAUCAUUUGAUGAUGAACUACACUCAUUCAUAGAAAGGAUUCAGGUGAGAGCAGCUGAAAAGUUGAAGGCUGCUCUGGCCGAAGCUGAAGAAGAGGAACGUAAAGCAAGACUUGGCCCGGGAGGACUUGAUCCACUGGAAGUCCUAGAAACCCUCCCACCAGAACUGAAAAAGUGUUUUGAAGUUCAGGAUAUAAAACUGCUUCAAGAAACAAUUUUGAAGAUGCCUGAACAAGAAGCACAGUACCACAUGAAACGCUGCAUAGAUUCUGGCUUGUGGGUUCCAGAUGCCAAAAAGAAAGAAUCUACAGAAAAAGAAACUACAGCUUCUGAUGACCAAUAAGUUGCUUGAGAAACAGUGUUGGCCUUAAAAUAUUUCAUGUAUUUUUAUGUAUGUAUAUAAUAUUACAGUACUUAUGCAAAUUUUGUAAGUUACAUGUAAGUAUCAGUCAAUAAUAUUGAGAAACUACUUUUAGCUGCAGAAAUGAAGACAUUUGUUAUUUUAUGUAGACAGUUUUCAAAGAUGAAAUUAAAAAUAAAUUUUGUCUGUUUGUGAUUCAUAUAUCUUACUACAAAGGCAGACAAUGUUUGACAUAUUUAAACCAGAAACUUAAAAGGUAUGUGCACUACUACUGUGUGUCACACUCACUGUCAGUCUUAAAGUAUUUCUUGCUGCUGACAAGAAGAAGACAUCAGGUGCUGAAUUGUUUCAUUGCUUUCUCUGCCAAGAUUGACACAGAGUUUACUUGCAUUCAGAAAGCUAUGCAGUGUUCAUUACCGUUUUGGAGAAUUUGCUUUGUGGACAAUUGCCAUAUGUUAGAAAAUAACCACUGUCAGUUAUUUUGCAUUACAAAGUUGCAACAUUUUGUAAUUUGUGUCUGUCUUUUAUCUUAAGGAAAUUAAAGAUUAUAAUAUAAUUAAA